AUGUCUGUCCAAGCAGUCGCUUUGGAGCACGUUAUUUUGACAUUUGAGGCUGCAUCUUUGGAACCUGCCUUUCCUCCUAGCUGGGGCCACAUUCAGGCAUAUCUCAGUGAUGCUGCCACGCCCCAGUCCACACUCCUGCCAGGCUGGUGGACGCCCACAGCUCCUACCGAAGGAACUGAAUCAGGAUUGGCCCUGAGGCUGGUGAAUGGAGGUGACAGGUGUGAAGGCCGGGUCGAGGUCCUGUACCGAGGCUCCUGGGGCACAGUGUGUGAUGACAGCUGGGACACCAACGACGCCAACGUGGUCUGCAGGCAGCUGGGCUGUGGCUGGGCCACGUCGGCCCCUGGAAGUGCCCGGUACGGUCAGGGCUCAGGGCCGAUCGUCCUGGACGAUGUGCGCUGCGUGGGGCACGAGAGCUACCUGUGGAGCUGCCCUCACAAUGGCUGGAACACACACAACUGUGGACACGGCGAGGACGCCGGUGUCGUCUGCUCAGGUGCCAGGCCCCAGUCCACGCUCCUGCCAGGCUGGUGGACGCCCACAGCUCCUACCGAAGGAACUGAAUCAGGAUUGGCCCUGAGGCUGGUGAAUGGAGGUGACAGGUGUGAAGGCCGGGUCGAGGUCCUGUACCGAGGCUCCUGGGGCACAGUGUGUGAUGACAGCUGGGACACCAACGACGCCAACGUGGUCUGCAGGCAGCUGGGCUGUGGCUGGGCCACGUCGGCCCCUGGAAGUGCCCGGUACGGUCAGGGCUCAGGGCCGAUCGUCCUGGACGAUGUGCGCUGCGUGGGGCACGAGAGCUACCUGUGGAGCUGCCCUCACAAUGGCUGGAACACACACAACUGUGGACACGGCGAGGACGCCGGUGUCGUCUGCUCAGGUGCCAGGCCCCAGUCCACGCUCCUGCCAGGCUCGGGGACGCCCACAGCUCCUGCCAAUGGAACUGAAUCAGGAUUGGCCCUGAGGCUGGUGAAUGGAGGUGACAGGUGUGAAGGCCGGGUCGAGGUCCUGUACCGAGGCUCCUGGGGCACAGUGUGUGAUGACAGCUGGGACACCAACGACGCCGACGUGGUCUGCAGGCAGCUGGGCUGUGGCUGGGCCACGUCGGCCCCUGGAAGUGCCCGGUACGGUCAGGGCUCAGGGCCGAUCGUCCUGGACGAUGUGCGCUGCGUGGGGCACGAGAGCUACCUGUGGAGCUGCCCUCACAAUGGCUGGAACACACACAACUGUGGACACGGCGAGGACGCCGGUGUCGUCUGCUCAGCUGCCACGCCCCAGUCCACGCUCUUGCCAGGCUGGUGGACGCCCACAGCUCCUACCGAAGGAACUGAAUCAGGAUUGGCCCUGAGGCUGGUGAAUGGAGGUGACAGGUGUGAGGGCCGGGUCGAGGUCCUGUACCGAGGCUCCUGGGGCACCGUGUGUGAUGACAGCUGGGACACCAACGACGCCGACGUGGUCUGCAGGCAGCUGGGCUGUGGCUGGGCCACGUCGGCCCCUGGAAGUGCCCGGUAUGGUCAGGGCUCAGGGCCGAUCGUCCUAGACGAUGUUCGCUGCAUGGGGCACGAGAGCUACCUGUGGAGCUGCCCUCACAAUGGCUGGAACACACACAACUGUGGACACGGCGAGGACGCCGGUGUCGUCUGCUCAGGUGCCAGGCCCCAGUCCACGCGCCUGCCAGGCUGGUGGACGCCCACAGCUCCUGCCAAUGGAACUGAAUCAGGAUUGGCCCUGAGGCUGGUGAAUGGAGGUGACAGGUGUGAGGGCCGGGUCGAGGUCCUGUACCGAGGCUCCUGGGGCACCGUGUGUGAUGACAGCUGGGACACCAACGACGCCGACGUGGUCUGCAGGCAGCUGGGCUGUGGCUGGGCCACGUCGGCCCCUGGAAGUGCCCGGUAUGGUCAGGGCUCAGGGCCGAUCGUCCUAGACGAUGUUCGCUGCAUGGGGCACGAGAGCUACCUGUGGAGCUGCCCUCACAAUGGCUGGAACACACACAACUGUGGACACGGCGAGGACGCCGGUGUCGUCUGCUCAGGUGCCAGGCCCCAGUCCACGCGCCUGCCAGAGCUUUGGGAGAGUGCAUUUUCCCGUGUCCUUCCAGGAACUGAAUCAGGAUUGGCCCUGAGGCUGGUGAAUGGAGGUGACAGGUGUGAGGGCCGGGUCGAGGUCCUGUACCGAGGCUCCUGGGGCACCGUGUGUGAUGACAGCUGGGACACCAACGACGCCGACGUGGUCUGCAGGCAGCUGGGCUGUGGCUGGGCCACGUCGGCCCCUGGAAGUGCCCGGUAUGGUCAGGGCUCAGGGCCGAUCGUCCUAGACGAUGUUCGCUGCAUGGGGCACGAGAGCUACCUGUGGAGCUGCCCUCACAAUGGCUGGAACACACACAACUGUGGACAUGGCGAGGACGCCGGUGUCGUCUGCUCAGAGGCUAGUUCUGUCCCGAGUGUCUCCCCAGAGCUUUGGGUGACAGGGAGGCCUGAGAGUGCAUUUUCCCGUCUCCUUCCAGGAACUGAAUCAGGAUUGGCCCUGAGGCUGGUGAAUGGAAGCGACAGGUGUCAGGGCCGGGUGGAGGUCCUGUACCGAGGCUCCUGGGGCACCGUGUGUGAUGACAGCUGGGACACCAACGACGGCAACGUGGUUUGCAGGCAGCUGGGCUGUGGCUGGGCCAUGUCGGCCCCAGGAAGUGCCCGGUACGGUCAGGGCUCAGGGCCGAUCGUCCUGGACGACGUGGGCUGCUCGGGGCAUGAGAGCUACUUGUGGAGCUGCCCUCACAACCCCUGGAACACACACAACUGUAGACACAGUGAGGACGCCAGUGUCGUCUGCGCAGGUUGGUCUCAAAGUGCCAGGCCCCAGUCCACGCGCCUGCCAGGCUGGUGGACGCCCACAGCUCCUACUGAAGGAACUGAAUCAGGAUUGGCCCUGAGGCUAGUGAAUGGAGGUGACAGGUGUGAAGGCCGGGUCGAGGUCCUGUACCGAGGCUCCUGGGGCACCGUGUGUGAUGACAGCUGGGACACCAACGACGCCGACGUGGUCUGCAGGCAGCUGGGCUGUGGCUGGGCCACGUCGGCCCCUGGAAGUGCCCGGUACGGUCAGGGCUCAGGGCCGAUCGUCCUGGAUAACGUGGGCUGCUCGGGGCACGAGAGCUACCUGUGGAGCUGCCCUCACAAUGGCUGGAACACACACAACUGUGGACACAGCGAGGACGCCGGUGUCGUCUGCUCAGGUUGGUCUCACAUAAGCUGGGUGUCCCUCUCUGGGGGCCCAGAAAUCUACUCUACUACCACAGCAAAUUAUUCCUGUGGAGGCUUCCUGUCCCAACCUUCAGGGAGCUUUUCCAGCCCAUUCUACCCUGGGAAGUAUCCGAACAAUGCCAAGUGCGUGUGGGACAUCGAAGUUCAGAACAACUACCGUGUGACUCUGGUCUUCAGAGACGUCCAGCUUGAAGGCGGCUGUAACUAUGAUUAUAUUGAAGUGUUCGACGGCCCUUACCACAGCUCCCCUCUGCUCGCCCGGGUUUGUGAUGGGGCAAGGGGCUCCUUCACCUCGUCAUCCAACUUCAUGUCCAUUCGCUUCAUCAGCGACGGCAGCGUCAAGAUGAGAGGGUUCCAGGCUGAAUACUACUCCAGCCUUUCCCCUGGGAGCACAAAGCUGCUUUGCCUGCAGAAUCACAUGCGAGCCAGUGUGAGCGUGGGCUACCUCCAGUCCCUGGGCUACUCUGCCAGGGACCUUGUCAUUCCCGGCUGGAACAGGAACUACCGGUGUCGGCCCCAGAUUACUUCGAGCCAGGUGACCUUCACAGUUCCCUACUCUGGCUGUGGCACCAUCGAGCAGGUGGAUAAUGACACCAUCACCUACUCCAACUCCCUCAAAGCAGCUGUUUCGCGUGGCAUCAUCAAGAGGAGGAAGGACCUCAACAUUUACGUCAGCUGCAAAAUGCUCCAGAACACCUGGGUUAACACGAUGUACAUUGCUAAUGACACCCUCGAGGUCAAGAACAUACAAUACAGCAAUUUUGACAUGAACAUUUCCUUUUAUACAUCCUCUUCAUUCUUAUAUCCCGUGACCAGCAGCCCAUACUAUGUGGACCUGAACCAGGAUUUGUACCUUCAGGCUGAAAUCCUCCAUUCUAACGCCUCCCUGGCCUUAUUUGUGGACACCUGUGUGGCGUCACCAUCUCGCGAUGACUUUACAUCUUUGACUUAUGAUCUCAUCCGGAGUGGGUGUGUGAAGGAUGAAACCUAUCGAUCCUACCACCAGCCCUCACCCAACGUCCUCCGCUUCAAGUUCAAUUCCUUCCACUUCCUGAGCCGCUUCCCCUCCGUGUACCUGAAGUGCAAGAUGGUCGUGUGCAGGGCAUACGAUGCCUCAUCCCGCUGCAGCAGAGGCUGCAUCGUGAGGGCCAAGAGGGGCGUGGGCUCCUACCAGGAGAAGGUGGAUGUCGCCCUGGGACCCAUCCAGCUGCAGGUCCCGCAUGCUGAGAAGAGGAGCCUGGACCGGACAGAGGUUAACCUGGAAGAGGAGGCCAGCGCCCAGGGGAGCUACCACAGCACCACCAUCCUUGCUGGGGUCUUCCUGGUCGUGCUCUUGGCUGUAGCAGCCUUCACAUUGGGGAGGAGCACCCGUGCUGCCCAUGGCCAGCGUCUGAGCUCUAGGAUGUGA